CAUACAGUAUACAAUAUGGGUAUUAAUGUAUGUUGCUACAUGUGUCACUUGGUGAAUGGUGUAUGCGUGCACAAAUAAAUUCUCACUGCCCGUUUUCAUUGUGCGUAAGCUGGUCCUCGUAUCAAUAUCAUCCUCCUACGUGCUGACAUUGGCAUUUGGCAAUGAGCUCGUAUCCACGCCUGCUCGUUCAAGAUCCGUCAGAUCUGUAUGCCAGAAUGGCUAUUGGCUUAAAGGUUAUAAACUUGUAAGAGAAUUUACAUGAACAAGAAUGGCAUUAGGAAAAUACUCUAAAGUUGAUGGCAGAAAAUCAUCAAGCAAUUACUGUUCUACAGUGACAUUGGUGGCAUUUGUGGCCCUGUGCUCAGUAGGGGUAUGGAUGAUGGCUUCUUCAUUCAUUGUUCCUUUUCAAAAUGUAGAUACUAGUAAUGGAAACAAGAAUCAUAUCUCAAUAAUAGAGGAUGAAAACAAGGUAAUCAAUGAUAAAAGUAAUGAAAACAGUGCAACAAGUGAGGACACCACAACCACCAGAAACAGCGAUGUUAAACAGUUUGAAGAUAAUCCUGCUGAUCUUCAGGAUGAAGCCACAAAAAAGAAAGAAGAUGAAGAAUCUAAGGCUGAUGAUAUAGAUUUGGAAGGUGGGGAGACGAGAAGUGAUAGUGAAGGCAGGAAGCCUGGAGAAGAAGAAAUAAAUUAUCAAGAGGGUAAGGGAACUACAAAUGGAGAUAACUCAGAUAUAAAAAAGAAAUUUGAGGAGAACGAUAAUAAGGAGGAAAAGACUGGUUCUUUCUCAAACGAGAUACUACCUUCCGGGGCUAAGGGAAGAGAAGAAGAUAAGUUUGAUUGGAAAGUGUGCAAUGUGAGUGCUGGGUGUGAUUUCAUUCCAUGUCUUGAUAACUUGGAAGCUAUUAAGGGUCUUCCAACCACUAAGCAUUAUGAACAUAGGGAAAGGCAUUGUCCUCACGACCCUCCAACUUGCCUUGUUCCUUUGCCUCAAGGAUACCAACACCCAAUACACUGGCCUGCAAGCAGGGAAAAGAUAUGGUACCAUAACGUCCCUCACACUACGCUAGCAGAAGUUAAGGGACACCAAAACUGGGUAAAAGUUAGUGGGGAGUAUCUUACUUUCCCUGGUGGUGGAACACAAUUUAAGCAUGGUGCCCUCCAUUACAUUGAUUUUAUACAAGAGAUUGUGGGAGAUAUUGGUUGGGGAAAUCACUCACGUGUAGUAUUAGAUGUUGGAUGUGGGGUUGCUAGUUUUGGAGGAUUUCUGUUUGAUAAAGAUGUGUUGACAAUGUCUUUAGCUCCAAAAGAUGAACAUGAAGCUCAAGUUCAGUUUGCACUUGAGAGAGGAAUACCUGCUCUUUCGGCUGUCAUGGGCACACACAGACUUCCUUUUCCUGCAAGAGUCUUUGAUGUCGUCCAUUGUGCACGCUGCAGAGUGCCAUGGCACAUUCAAGAUGGUAAACUACUCUUGGAGGUGAAUCGUCUAUUACGACCUGGUGGCUUCUUUAUAUGGUCAGCUACUCCUAUCUACAAGAAAAAGCCCGAAGACUCUGAGAUUUGGGAAGCAAUGAAGAACUUGACUCGAUCAAUGUGCUGGGAAGUGAAGUCAAUAAGUAAGGAUAAGGUAAAUAGGAUUGGUGUUGCUGUGUAUCAGAAGCCUGUUUCUAAUGAAUGCUAUGACACAAGAUUACAAAAUCAUCCUCCAUUCUGCAAAGAAUCUGAUGAUCCAAAUGCUGCCUGGAAAGUAGGUCUGCAAGCAUGUAUGCACAAGAUACCAACGGCGGCAUCAGUGCGUGGGUCUGAGUGGCCUGAAGAAUGGCCAUCAAGAAUGGAAAAACCACCUUUCUGGUUGUUGAGUUCAGAGGUUGGUGUUUACGGGAAACCAGCACCCCAGGACUUCACUGUGGACUAUCAACACUGGAAACGUGUGGUUACCAAGUCUUACAUCACCGGCUUAGGAAUAAACUGGUCAAGUGUCAGGAAUGUCAUGGACAUGCGAGCUGUUUAUGGAGGAUUUGCAGCUGCUUUGCAGGAUAUAGGUAGUGUUUGGGUGAUGAAUGUGGUACUGGUUGAUUCUCCUGAUACACUCCCAAUAAUAUACGAGCGUGGUUUAUUUGGAAUGUAUCAUGAUUGGUGCGAGUCAUUUAGCAGCUACCCACGCACAUAUGAUCUUCUACAUGCAGACCAUCUUUUUUCCAAGAUAAAAACAAAGUGUAACAUGACGGCUUUAUUUGCGGAGAUAGAUAGGUUAUUGAGACCGGAAGGUAUAAUUAUAAUCCGUGACGACAUUGAGAUCAUGAAUGAAGUGGAAGUGGAGAAAGCUUUGAGGUCUAUGCAUUGGGAAGUCCAGUUAACAUUUUCUAAGGAUGCACAAGGAUUGUUGUGUAUGAAAAAGACAAUGUGGCGUCCAAAAGACCUCCAAACACUUGCAUACGCAAUUGCUUAACCAAUUGGGUCGGAUCGCGGGUUACUGGAAACUACAAUUUACUUCCACUUAGUUCCGUCGGAUACGAGUUACCCGACCCUAAACUGGUCUAAGCCCAACUCGGUUUGUGACAAAUAUGAAGUGAUCAAGUUUUUUUUUU